ACAGCUCUCUCCGAAUUCGGCGCUCUCCUACUUUCCCUGGAACAACGCGAUCCGGAAAGGCGGCAAGCUUCAAGCGUGGCUGAAGAAAGGGAAAUGGCGACCAAAACCUUGACAAUGGCCACAACAGGAGGACCAUCUUGCAAUGGUCGCCUAACCACAACAGAAACUAUUCAAGUGAUGUAUCCACCUGGAGGAAUCUUUGGCUGGAAGAAACGAACUCUAUACCUUCUGCUCAUUCUUCUGGUGUCUGUGGUGCUGAUAGACAUGAUCCUCAUUUUGUGGAUCAUCAAAAUACUCGAUCUUACUUCGGAAGGUCCAGGAAAGAUUCGUAUAUCACAGAGUGGACUGCAAGUUGAUAGUGAUGCUGAAUUUAUCGACACUCUCAGUGCAAGACAGAUAAUUGCACAACAGCAUCAUUCCUUGAAAAUAGAAUCUUCAAGAAAUGUAACUCUGAUGGCAGCGGAUGAGCGUGGCUUCUUCACCAAUAUUUUAAGUCUUGGAGAAGCCGGUUUGCAGUCGAUUGGAAACUAUUUUACUGUUCUCAGCACAUUGGGGCACGAACUCCUGCACGUGGAUUCUCAAGAAAUGGUCGUCGCUGCUAAUCACAUGGUAGUGUCUGAUUCUGGAGGUUUAAGACUUGAUGGUUCUCUAGAAACACCGCUUGUCAGAGGAGGAGCAACUAAAGAUUUGAGGUUAGAAUCUCUUCUUAAAAAAGUUAAAAUUCGUAGCGACGGAGCUAUGAAUGUGGAUUCACCAGCAGGAGGCAUAUUUGUGACUGGAUUGAAAACAAUGAAUCUAAAAUCGACAGGUGGAAAGGUCAUCAUCGACAGCAACCGGCUAAAAAUGAUGAACUUGAAAACUUCCAGACAAACAUCGAAAGAAAAAAAUCACCAAGUGGUGUAUCAAGUGUGCGUCUGCGACAAUGGUCGGGUAUUUUUGGCUCACAGAGAAGGACACUGUCAAAUUCAUGCUUCUGUCUGCAAAGAGCAGGAAGACACAAGGCAAAAUGACAAGUAUCAAAGUUGGAAAUCGUAUCUCAACGAUGAUUGAGAAUAGCGUGUAUAAAAAUAGGAUUAUCAAUUAAGUAAAACAAAAUGCGUGGAUAAUUAAAGUUGUAUGCCGUGUUUGGAGACAGGAACUGAUAAGGAAAUGUAGUAACAGCAUAUAUUUUGUACGG